UGAAUGCAGCACGGUUGUAUCUUGUGAGAGGUGAUGAAACCUGAGCACAGAAGACAACAGGCUGCAGAGACUGGCAGGAAGAGCAGCAUUGUUACUUAUUUCUUCACAAGUGUUUAUGCGCUUGGUUUGUUUCUUUUCCAGUGUACAAGUUAAGAAAAUCUAUUAAAAAAACCUUUCAGGCUUUUAUCAUUGAAAGCUUUUCCUCAUCAUGAACGUCUCUCAGACGAUUGAGACCGAGGAGGAUCUCCUGUCUUGUCUCCAGAUCAAAUUUUACCACCCUCAGCAGAGUUGUCGAGCCCUGUACAGUUUACUCCCUCUGGGCAGCCGGACCAGGCUCUCGGCCGACGACCCCCUCAGGUUUGGCCGGGACUCCCAGUCCUGCACCUUCUCCCUUCACGACCCCCGGGUGUCUCGUAAACAACUGGCCCUGUUCGCCUACCGCACGUCCCACAGCCCAGACAUGCUGUUCACCAUCCAGAACCUGAGCCAGAGGGGCCGGCUGUCGGUGAACGGCCAGGCGCUGGGAUACCUGGAGAGGACGGAUCUCCCGGACAAGGCUCUGGUCCGGUUUGGGGAGUAUGAGAUGCUGAUCAUCAGGGAGUCUGGGGAGGCCAAGGCCAGCUUUGAGGUGGAGUUCGAGGUGCUGACGGUGCCUCCAUCCAGGGAGAUGUGCAUGUAUGAGCCCAGCGUGACCCCCGUCAUGGACACAGGCUCUCGUGUGAUGAACAGUUUCCCACUUCAACUCUCAGCCGUCGGCCCCUCGGAGACUGAUGAGAGUCUGAUGUGUCAUUCUUGAUGAGCCAUCUCUGAUUACUGAGCUAUUCUGAGACUUUUUGACUUUCUUACUGAGCUUAAAGGUCAAGCAAGUUGCUGUUCAAGUAGGUAUGCCUUAUAUAUAACCAAUAAUGUGAAAUCACAGUAUUAUUUUGCACCUUGUAUCCAUCAUAUCUAAAGAUUCUGAAGCUGUGAUCUUUUUGUAAUUACACUUUUAAAGUGUAAAUGUUAUGAAGCUAUUUUCAACUGAGCAUUAAACUGUUUUUAUGUAACAUC